GCGGGGAAGACUCGGAUCAUGUGGAGGAACCAGGAACCGGGAGGAUGUCUGUGCUGAGCCCGCUGCUGCUGCGACCCCCGCUCGGACGCUUCUUGACCGCUCUCGGCGCAGCCUCAGCUUCUCGCAGCAGACUCGCCGCACCAGCAGCAGCCGCAGCUCACGCGCUCCUCCCCAGGAAGAACAUGCAUUACCAGACGGAGCAGAGAGGACAGCCCAAUUCCCCCGACUACCGCAUUUAUUUUAAAACUUCUGAAGGGAAAUACGUCUCACCAUUCCAUGAUAUUCCACUAAGAGCAGAGACACAGGAGGACAGUGACGUGCCAGCUAAGAAAAUCAAGAAGAAUGACAAUGAGGUGCUCUAUAACAUGGUUGUUGAGGUUCCUCGAUGGUCGAACGCUAAGAUGGAGAUUGCGACGAAGGAACCUCUGAAUCCCAUCAAGCAAGAUGUGAAGAAGGGAAAGCUGCGAUAUGUGGCCAACAUAUUUCCUCAUAAAGGCUACAUUUGGAACUACGGUGCACUCCCACAGACAUGGGAGGAUCCAAACCACAAAGACAAAAACACAAACUGCUGUGGUGAUAACGAUCCCAUCGACGUCUGUGAUAUCGGCACCCAGGUUUGCUCUCCAGGUGAGGUGAUCCAAGUAAAGGUUCUCGGCAUUUUGGCCAUGAUCGACGAGGGAGAGACGGACUGGAAAGUUAUUGCCAUAAACGUUAAGGACCCAGAUGCCAAAAACCUGAAUACUCUCGAGGACGUCCGCAAGAGCCGUCCAGGCCACUUAGAAGCCACUGUUGACUGGUUUAGAAAAUACAAGGUGCCUGAUGGAAAGCCCCAAAACCAGUUUGGCUUCAAUGGAGAAUUCAAGGACAAGGACUUUGCAGUCGAGAUUAUUGAGUCCACUCAUGAGCACUGGAGGGCACUAGUGCAGAAGCAAACAAACGCUGGAGGGAUCGAAUGCAAAAACGUGUUGUGCGGUGACAGUCCAUUUAAAUGCAGUGUGGAUGAGGCCCAGCACAUUGUCCAGGCGGCCCCUGCAUUUGGCAACACUCAUCCUGUGUCUUCAGAUGUGGACAAGUGGCAUUUUGUCUGAAACCCUCAAAACGAGAUGGAAACCUUCAAAACGUCUUCACGUCGAAUGAAGAAGUUCCAUUUCUCCUGCAUUUUUUUUAAUACAACAAAAGAUUUAUUUUUGGUAAUCUCGCAGGCUCACUUGAAUAAAGUGCCACAAUGCCAUGUUAGUUUGUUAAAAACAAAUCUCUUAACAGUGUAAGUUAAGGUAUUGACGGCUGUCCAAAGGGAAAUGUGUCUGUGAACAUCAGGUUGAUAAAAUGCUGGUGACACUGCUCAUGAUUCAAUUGAGUUUUCACAAAACAAUUGAUCCCCUUUCUACUAGAUGGUAAAAUACGAUGGAAACAAUGCUUCUGUGGUCGGUGACCAUCAUGCACUAUUUUAUUGUCAACUGUAUUCUGUGUUUUCUAUCAGUCACGUACAUAAUGGCAUUUGUUUGUAAGCAGGUUCCUCUUGGUUGAUUUAAUAAAGAAAUGGUGUA